AUGGUUUUACAAUUAAAUCUCACGGGUAAAGAGGCGUUCCCGUUUAUGUUUCCUGCGAAGACAUCCACUCCGAAAGGAGCUCUUCGUUAUGCCGUAACUCCAUCAACAUCAGCAGAUGACAUAGCUUCUCUUGCCAAAAGUGGCUUCGAUAUCCAGAGACAGAAUCAGUUUGGUGGGAAUAUUUCCAAUGCGUCUAACGAAGACUGGUUCGACAGAAAUGAAGAAUUGCGCCGAGCAGAGAUUGGCGUCAUGGCAACAAUACUUUACCUGGCAAUUUUUGGAAAUAGCGUUGUACUGUUAGUCCUGCGACUGCGCAGACAGAAACUCAGCCGGAUGCAAUGGUUCAUCGCUCAUCUAGCUUUUGCUGACCUCUUUGUGGCUCUGUUCAACAUCCUGCCACAGUUGAUCUGGGAUGUGACAGUCGAGUUCUACGGCAAUGACUUCAUGUGUCGGGGUGUCAAGUACUUUCAGGUGGUAGCUAUGUACGCCUCAUCCUAUGUAUUGGUGAUGGCGGCCAUAGACAGAUACCUGUCCAUCUGCCACCCACUGACAAGCCAGACACUGUCGCCGAAGCGGGUACACAUGAUGAUAGCCUUGGCCUGGUGUGUCUCGCUGAUCCUCUCCAUCCCACAGAUUUUCCUCUUUAGCCUUAGAAAUUUCGGUGAGGGUUCCUUUGAUUGCUACGAAUCUUUUAUUGAAGGUUGGGGCAUGCAAGCAUACGUGACCUGGAUAUUUUUGUCUGACUACGCAAUUCCUUUCCUUAUACUGGCAUUCUGUUACGGCAGGAUAUGUCACGUGGUCUGGGCCAGUGUUGGAUCCAAGGAAACCGCUGUUUAUGUAUCCGUCCGCAACGGAAACCACGAACCUUCGGAUAAAUCCUUCAAAAUGAAAAUUUCUUUCCGCCGCAUGCGCGACGGGACCAAUUCUUCUCUGCAAUCCCGGGAUCGUUCGGAUGCUGGAUCAAUUGUAACUCCCCUGUCCACUUCAAAGAAACCACGAGGGCACCGACGAGGAGUUUCCAGAUCCAAAAUUAAAACCAUCAAGUUGACUUUAACCGUUGUGUUAUGCUACCUCUUUUGCUGGGCUCCAUUUUUUUUUGUGCAGAUGUGGACAGCGUUCGAUGCGACCGCUCACUUGGAAAGUCCAGUCGUUGUCAUCAUCAUGUUGCUGGCAUCUUUAAACAGCUGUACCAAUCCUUGGAUUUAUUUAGCAUUUUCUGGAAGACCUUGUCAACGAGGUCCUGCCAGUAGGCACACCUCCAGAAGUUGGGGACCUUCCACACAUGUCACUUCAGGAGAUAGCAAUGAGACCAAGACAAGAACAUCUAUAAUAGACCUUUCUCAUAUCAGACUUGGUUCUCGGGGCGGCAGCCCUAGGCUGGUAGAGACAAAAGGGGCAUCUCAAUUUUGA